AUGGCCCAGAAGGUGGUACUCAUCACAGGCUGCUCCUCUGGGAUCGGCCUCGCCUUGGCUGCCCGCAUUGCAAAGGAUGAGAAGAAAAGGUUCAUGGUAUAUGCCACCAUGAGGAACUUGAGUAAGGGCGAGGCGCUGGUCGAGGCAGCGGGUCGGACCCUGGGCCGGACUUUGGAGCUCAAGCAGUUGGACGUGUGUGAUGAGGACUCCAUCAAAGCCUGCGUGGACAGCCUGCCAGAGCGCCGGGUGGACAUACUCAUAAGCAAUGCUGGGAUGGGUCUGAUUGGGCCCAUCGAGUGUCAGUCCAUUGAUGAGAUGAAGACCGUCAUGGACACCAACUUCUUUGGGCUUGUGCGUCUUCUAAAGGAAAUCCUACCUGACAUGAAGAGAAGGAAAAGAGGCCAUAUAGUGGUCAUUAGCAGCGUCAUGGGCAUUCAGGGGAUUUUAUUCAACGACGUCUACGCAGCGUCCAAGUUUGCAGUGGAAGGCUUUUGCGAAAGCUUAGCGGUGCAAGCCCUGAGAUUUGAUCUGAAUAUCAGCCUGAUAGAGCCAGGUCCUGUGAUAACAGAGUUUGAGCGUAAAGUCUACGAGGAGGGCAUGAAGACUGACCUCAGCAAAGCCGACAAGGUGACUGCUGACAUGUUCGUCAACAUCUACUUGAAGAACUACAAUCAGAUCUUUGAAACCCUCGGGCAGACUGCUGAAGAUGUAGCCGAGCAUACUCUCAAGAUCAUCACCAUGGAGAACCCCCCCUUCCGUCAUCAAACCAACACGCUUUACACCCCUAUGACUACGCUGAAAUAUGCUGACCCCAACGGCGACCUCCCCAUUGACACGUUUUACAAAAUGGUGUUUGAACACGACAAGGUCUUCAAUGCCAGUUUGAACUUCCUCAAGCUUCUGCGCUGGAGAAGCCGAAAGAGCUUUACCUUGGAAAAGGACAAGAGCAACUAGAGUGCCAUCGUGUAUUUAGUGAGGUACAUUCAGCCAUGUUUAGGUUGACUGUAGUUUACCUUUAUUCUAUUAUAAAUAUUUGUGAUACAUAAAAUCUUAGCUGAGUGAAAUACUGAAUCUGUGUUCAUUAUGGACAAAUAAAAAUAUGAAAGCUAAAAGUAAAUGUGACAAUGCAUUUAAAACCACGAACUGACAUAUUUCAUUACUCACUGAAUCCUUUAAGCCUCAAAGCUCUUUAUUACACAAUACACUCACCUAAAGGAUUAUUAGGAACACCUGUUCAAUUUCUCAUUAAUGCAAUUAUCUAAUCAACCAAUCACAUGGCAGUUGCUUCAAUGUAUUUAGGAGUGUGGUCCUGGUCAAGACAAUCUCCUGAACUCCAAACUGAAUGUCAGAAUGGGAAAGAAAGGUGAUUUAAGCAAUUUUGAGCGUGGCAUGGUUGUUGGUGCCGGACGGGCCGGUCUGAGUAUUUCACAAUCUGCUCAGUUACUGGGAUUUUCACGCACAACCAUUUCUAGGGUUUACAAAGAAUGGUGUGAAAAUGGAAAAACAUCCAGUAUGCGGCAGUCCUGUAGGCGAAAAUGCCUGGUUGAUGCUAGAGGUCAGAGGAGAAUGGGCCGACUGAUUCAAGCUGAUAGAAGAGCAACUUUGACUGAAAUCACCACUCGUUACAACCGAGGUAUGCAGCAAAGCAUUUGUGAAGCCACAACACACACAACCUUGAGGCGGAUGGGCUACAACAGCAGAAGACCCCACCGGGUACCACUCAUCUCCACUACAAAUAGGAAAAAGAGGCUACAAUUUGCAAGAGCUCACCAAAAUUGGACAGUUGAAGACUGCAAAAAUGUUGCCUGGUC